GACGAGCAAGACGAUGAAUGGGAUGAGGAUUGUGGGAGUUGCCCAAGAAACGGAUUCGAAGUGGAGGACGAAGCCGAGGAUGAGACAGGUGAGUUUUACCAGGACGAUUGGAAUGAGUUUGAGGGAGAGGAUGACUACGAAGAAGACGAGUGGGAAUCCAGCUACAGCUCUAGCGAAGUUGAUGACAGCCUGCGGCUGUGGCCAGAUCCCUUUGACCAGGGGACGGAGGCCUCAAGCGCCCCCAGUCCAACGCCCAGCGUUGCGGCAGAGCAGGUAGUUGGCACUGUGCAGUGGGCCGAGACAUCGUUGUCUGUGGGCCUGAAGGUAGUGUGCUUCUCGCGACCUCCAGACAACCUCGAGGCGUCUUCUGAGCAGGGUGAGGGUGAGCUUCAGCCCAUCACAAGUGCUGCUUCUCCGGCAUUGCCUGAGCGAGGAAAUCUUUCUGGAGAUUUCCGGAGCUGCCCGGCCUCGUACUGGGCGCGGAACGGGGAUAGACACUUGCCGGUGAUCUCCCGUCCAGCCUCGCCAGAGUUCCCGAGCCUUGUGCGGUCCAGAGUGCCGAGCCAGAGCCAGCCGGCGCUCCAGAGCCUUCCGCUGGUGAAGGCCAGCCACAGCAGCGAGAUGAGCCCGCAGAAGCCCUCUCUGGCUGCGAGCUGCCCGCAGCUGCCAGGCACCAAGGCGCGGAUGCGCCGGGAGCAGGAGGAGAAUAAUUUCUUGUCGCGUCAGCAGCAGCACAGUGGCCUGCAGUCACGGAGGCAGAGGUCGAUGAUGCAGCGGGACAUCUUGCGCAAGAGCCAGGCCGCCGAGGAUGUGGAGUUUCUGGGCUCCAAGGGCAAGGAGGGGUUCCGAACCUUCCUGCUGAAGAAGUUCGGGACCAUCAUCAGCGGCUGGCGGGCACUGGACGCGGAUAACUCGGGGCGCCUGGGCUUCGUGGAGUUCUGCCAGGCAUGUCGCGUCGUGGGCUUCCAUGGCAACUUCAAGAAGCUUUGGGCAGAGCUGGAUGUGCGGGGCGGCAUGGUGUGCCUGGCGGACGUGGAUCCGGAGGUGAGCCGAUACCUGAGCGCUUUCAAGAAGGCGUUGGUGAAGAAGUAUGGGGACCUCAUCACCGCCUGGUUCCAGUGUAUCGACGUGCACCGGGACGGGCAAGUGCAGGUCCCGAGGCCCCGGGCCGUGUGCCCCACGCCCGCACAGCCCGCGCAGGGGAAGCCGCCCAUGUUCGGCGACUACGAGGCCCAGCGGCACUGGAUGGAGCUGACCACAGCUUUGCCGGUGCAGCAGUGGUACGAGCCGGGGUUGGACAACGACCUGCAGUACUGGGGGCUGGACUAUCCGCCCCUGACAGCCUUUCACUCAUGGCUGCUCGGGAUGAUUGGGCGACUGGUGGAUCCCGCCUGCUUUGAGCUCCACAGCAGCCGAGGGUACGAGGGCGUAAGAUGCAAGGUUUUCAUGCGGCUCUCCGUGGUGGUGUCGGACCUCUUGGUCUACUUGCCAGGUGCGCUGCUGGCCUCGCGCAGCUUCGGGCGACAUGGGCCGAAGCGGCUGGCGCUGCUGUGGCUGCUGCCGCCCUUACUCAUCAUCGACCACGGGCACUUCCAGUACAACGGCGUGUGCUUCGGCCUUUGCCUCCUUGGUGCCAGCUUCGUGGCCCGCAGAGAUGUGGUGCUGGCCAGUGUCUUUUUUACCGCCGCAUUGCUCUUCAAGCAGAUCGCGCUAUACUACGCCCCUGCUUUCUUCUUUGGCAUCCUGGGCCUUUGCCUCCAGCGCGGGGCCAAGGGCGCCGUCCUGGGGGUGGCGAAAGCGGGGGCCACGGUGCUGGGUAUGGCGGGGCUGCUGCUGUCGCCCUGGCUGCUGGGACCGCGACCAGUGCAGGCAGUGCUCCAAGUGUUGCACCGGAUGUUCCCCUUCGCACGAGGCCUCUACGAGGACAAGGUCGCCAACUUUUGGUGUUCCAUUUCGGUUGUUGUGAAGAUCCAGCGGCUGCUGCCGGCGCAUUUGGUGCCGCCGCUCUGCGCGCUCUGCACGCUGCUGGCGUUGCUGCCCUCGGCGCUGUGCACGCUGAGACGCAGCGCCGGCGCAGGCACCUUCGGUGCGGCGCUCUUCUGCUCGUCGCUGUCCUUCUUCCUCUUCGCCUUCCAGGUCCAUGAGAAGGGUGUGCUCUUCCCGGCUGUAGCCUGCUGCCUGCUGCCUCGUCGCAGCCGGGACUGGCUGCUUGUGCUGCACUUCCAGAUGGUGAGCCUCUUCUCCAUGUAUCCGCUGAUGGUCAAGGAUCAGCUGUGGCUCGCCUACUUCGGCACGCAGCUCUGCCUGCUGCUCCUUGUGGGAAAGGGCCACCGUGCCUUGGUCUUGCUGUGGGUGCUGGUGGCGGGUUUGCUGCACGGGCUCCAUGCCUGGGUGCCGCCGCCGGCGAAGUAUCCGGACCUGUGGACAUUGCUGAUCACCGGCGCCAGCUGCGGUUAUUUCCUUUGCGCCCUUCUGGGUGCGACCGUGGCACAGCUGCGCGGGGCCUUCGAUGAAUCGAAAGACGAGAGCCUGGCUUUCGCCGAGUGGUGCAACUGCUGCGGCCUCAGUAGGUUGGGCCUCGACCUGAAUCCUUCGAAGCUCUUCAACAUGCUCAGAAGUCCUUCCUCCAAGGCGCUGACCUUGCUGGACUUUGAUCCGGAAGCUUGGAAGAAGCACAUGGCUGGGGAGGGGCCGGAGGGGCCGGAGGGGCCGGCGGUGGCCAGUUCGCCCAAAGAGGAGAAGAAGGAGAAGGCGGCGGCCUUCCGGCAGGCGCUGAGCCGGCGCUUCGGCUCGCUCUUGCACGCCUGGCGGGAGGAGCUGGAUCCGGAUGGCGCGGGGCGCGUCACCUUCGGCGAGUUCUGCCUGGUGCUGAGCCGCCUUGGCCUCCGCGGGGAAGUGAGGAGCCUGUGGACGGAGCUCACGAAGAAGGACGAGACGGGCUUCCUUUCCUUCAGGGACUUGGAUCCCCAGACGGACCAGAUGGUGUCAGAGCUCCGGGAAAAGCUGACUCAGGAGUUUCAGAACAUGCUCUUGGCGUGGAUCAAGGGUUUAGAUACCCGCGGCACCGGCCUUGUGAGCGAGAAGCAGUUCCUGCGCUGCUGCCAGAAGGUGGGCUUCACUGGUGAUGCGAAGGACCUGUUCCAUCGCUUGAAGCCAGAUGCAGGCCGCAGCUUGAUGACCAUCCAAGACUUUGACACCAAGGCCUUCCAUGCUCUCAGCCGUGGGGACUUCCGGAUGCUCAGCGAGCCGGCGCAAGGCUACCACGGGAAGUCGCCCCUCGAAUUAACGUUCCACGAGCGCAACGAGGCGGGUUUCUUCUACCAGGCUCGGCGUGCCGCGGAUGCGGCGAGGCGCAAGGAGUUCGCCAAGGCCUGCCGCACCGCGCAGCCGGCCUUCUGCAUCAACACCAUCGAGGACUUCGAGGACCUGUGCAUCAGAAAGCAUGGCUCCCUGAUCGCCGCCUGGCGACAAUGCCUGGACGCGCACGCCAACGGGAAGCCAGGGCCGCAGCGCCCGAGGACCACUCCCUAA